AUGCAUCGUCCUCUUAUUGCGUCCGCACCAAGGAGAGAAAGGGCUAAUCGUCACACCGCCUGUGAUCUAUGUCGGCGAAGGAAAGUCAAAUGCGAUGGUCGACAGCCGUACUGCAAGCGUUGUGCAAACGGCGGAGUGGCCUGGGAAUGCUCUUACAGCGCAUAUGCGGGUCAGAGGAAGAAGCAGAAAUCUUCAUCGAGCAGCGAGUCCCCACCCACAUUCGACGGCGCUGAGAUUAUUACAGACUACCGGGAUCACUUCACGUCCAAUGUACCACUGUUCGCAUCAGUGCCUUAUGAAGUAUCCUCCAAUAUGCUCAUCAAUUCGGAAGCAUUGAUUGGACCACCUGCUGCCGACAUAUUCUCGUUACAGGAUCCUCCUGGCAGUUGCAGUAUCUAUUCCUCAUAUUCAAGUGCUAUAUCCACAGACUUCCAGAACAACAACGCCACAUCGAUAUCGCUGUGCCGCUUGUUCAGUAAUCAAAAUCGCAUGCGGAAUUCCCUCGAUAAAUUUUCAAAUGAUAGAUUCGCUGUGAGAUAUGCAAUCUGUGCCCUCGCUGUAACCGCCAGCCCGCAAUCGUAUGUUUGGAUCAUAUCAGAUCCAAGCGCAACAACGCAUCCAUCCAACUACUCAUCAAUCUUCUACCACGCGGCAAAGAAUACCUUGCAGCAAGAGACCCAGAUGCAAACAUCCCAAGUUCCAUCCCUUCAAGAGCUGCAGGCAACCAUACUGCUCGGCUUGUAUGAGCUGCAUCGCGGUGACUUUGGUCACGCAUGGGUGACUGCAAGCCGGGCAGUUUGGAUUUCCCAAGCACUCCAGCUGCAUAUAUUAGACUCACGCCACACAAUCUCCUCAGUCAACUCUGCAGAUUUAGAAGAUGCCCGCAUGGCAUUUUGGGCAACCAUGGGCCUCGCAGGCUUUAUCUCGCUCGGCGGUCGUGCAAUAGACUCCAUAAAUAUUGUGGAGAUCAGUACCGUGUUGCCACGGCCGCCUGUCGACCGAUUUUUGUCUACUGCUGGGGUAACAAUUCUUAGGGUGUUUCAGAAAGCAGUCUCACGACCCCUGACUGUGGAAGAAGGCAUAUGUGCUGCUAAGGUACUGUUUCCCAGGAUUGUCUCCCAUGUGAAAACUGCCAGUCAGGAGGAAGACCCCGGCUGCCAACCGUACAACUUCUGGACAAACCACCACAAACUACAUCACCUAAUAAGCCAUAUCUUCAAUGGUACGGAGAGUGAGAAUAAGUCCAAGCUGGUCUUGGAUGUUGCGUUGAACGCCAUGUUGGUCGUUCUUCAUGAAGCGCUGAUCAGGAAGAUGUUCACUGCGACACAAUUACGGUCUGACGAAUUGAGGAAUGCAGAGGAAGCGGCUCUCCAGCAAUCGCUUCAAAUUGUCAAUAUAAUUGAGACGGGUGUUCUUUCUCAGGACUCUUGGGCUCGAGUUGCCGUCCCAUGGGCGGCUUAUGUCGCCCUGCAGUCUCUUCAGCAGCGACAAAAGAGGACGUCUUGGCGCAACGUGCAUGAGAUGGAGGGUCAAGUCAUCAACACUCUCGAUGGGUUUGAGAAUGAGGUCAUAUCGCCGUUUACAGAGACAUUCCGACCACCCGAUCCCGCAUUGCAAGUGGAUGCUUUAGUUUUGGACUCGGUCAAUGCGCUCCGCUCGGCAUUAUUGGACUGGAGUAAUGAAAUACCCCUAGCCAGGUUUCUUUCACCGCAGAUUGACGCAGGGUCUGGCGACCUGGAGUAUCAUCAUGGCGAAUGUCUCGUGGGGCUGAUCGAUUUUACUGCCUCGUUCGCGGUCACGUGA